GUUUGGGGUCCCAAUGCCAAGUUCUGGACCUCCUGCGUGCGCUACAUAUCAACGUCAACCCAGAACCAGACCAGACGGCAGCUCCAUCGCCCAUCACCAUCGCCCACCCCUCCGGCCUGUGAAUCCCCGUCCGUCUCCCUCCUCCCCCCCCCUCGGCAGACCCAAAAGCUUCGCACAACUACGUUAUCGUCCGCCUCGCACGCUCGAAGAAGCUCGACUGCUCGACUGCACAGCACACACGAAGAAGGAUCCAUAGCUCCAACAAACAGCAAUAUAACCCAAUAACUACGUUACCAUCAAGAUGGAUAUGGAAGCGCUGAAAGAUCAGUGGCUGAUGGCGGAGGAGCAGGAUGGUGUCCGCUUAAGUUGGAACGUCUUCCCCAGCAACCGUCUGGAGUCCAGUCGCCUCGUCGUGCCGCUCGGAGUUCUCUACACCCCGCUCAAGGAGAAGGAGAACCAGCCGCCGGUGCAGUACGAGCCCGUCACUUGCAAGUCACCGUGCAGAGCUGUGCUCAAUCCUUACUGUCAAGUCGAUGCCCGCGCUAAGCUGUGGAUAUGCCCGUUCUGUCUCCAGAGGAACCAGCUGCCUCCACACUACAAGGACAUCGGCCCCAAUGCGUGGCCGCUCGAGCUGUCCCCCGCGUAUUCGACCAUCGAGUACAAGCUUGCGAGGCCCGCCCCCGCCCCGCCGAUCUUCUUGUUCGUCGUGGAUACGUGUCAAGAGGAGGACUCCCUCAAGGCCCUUAAGGACUCGUUGAUCAUGAGCUUGAGCUUGCUCCCGCCGCAUGCUCUGGUCGGGUUGAUUACCUUCGGUACCAUGGCACACAUCCACGAGCUGGGAUACACCGAGUGCGCCAAAUCCUACGUGUUCCGCGGCAACAAGGAGUACACGUCGAAGCAGGUGCAGGAGAUGCUCGGCCUCCUCGGCUCCGGGCUUCGCCCGCAGCAGCCCAUGGUCCCCGGACGCCCGCAGGCGCACAUCCCGCCGUCGUCCCGCUUCCUGCUCCCGGUCCAGAACUGCGAGUUCCAGUUGACGAAUGCCCUCGAGCAGCUGCAGAAGGAUCCUUGGCCGGUCGCGAACGAUAAGAGGCCCCUCAGGUGCACUGGUGUGGCGUUAAGUGUCGCUGUGGGACUGCUCGAGACUUCGUUUGCCGACACCGGUGCGAGGAUCAUGCUCUUUGCCGGUGGUCCGAGCACUGAGGGUCCCGGCAUUGUGGUUGGUCCGGAAUUGAGGGAGCCGAUUCGUUCCCAUCAUGACAUUGAGAGGGAUAAUAUCAAGUACUACAAGAAGGCGACGAAGUUCUACGACACAAUGGCCAAGCGAACGGCACACAAGGGUCACAUUAUCGACAUCUUUGCCGGAUGCUUAGACCAGGUCGGUCUGCUCGAGAUGAAGUCUCUGGCCAACCAGACUGGUGGCCACAUGAUCCUUACCGACAGUUUCACGUCCUCGAUGUUCAGGCAGAGUUUUGUCAAGAUCUUCGACAGGGAUGCUAACGACAACCUGUUGAUGGGCUUCAACGCUUCGUUGGAGGUUCUGACUACGAAGGAGCUGAAGGUGACUGGUCUGAUCGGUCAUGCCGUCUCCCUGAACAAGAAGUCAACCUCUGUUGGAGAGACUGAAGUCGGUAUUGGAAACACGUGCUCGUGGAAGAUGUGUGGAAUCACGCCAACGACAUCCGUUGCUACCUACUUUGAGGUUGCAUCUCAGGCUGGACCCGCACAGGCUCAACAGGGCCCCCAGAAGGGUAUCAUCCAGUUCUUGACGUACUACCAGCACGCGUCGGGACAAUUCCAUCUCCGUGUAACUACCAUUGGACGCGACAUCACCACUCCGACCGGCGAUCCAUCCCUCGCCCACUCUUUCGACCAGGAGACGGCGGCCGUGCUGAUGGCUCGGAUCGCAGUCUUCAAGGCCGAGGUCGACGACGGACCAGAUGUGCUGCGGUGGGUGGAUCGCAUGCUCAUCCGACUCUGCUCAAGAUUCGCGGAUUACCGGAAAGACGACCCGACGUCGUUCCGUCUGGAAAAGAACUUUACUCUAUACCCGCAGUUCAUGUUCCAUCUCCGGCGCAGUCAGUUCCUGCAGGUGUUCAACAACUCUCCCGACGAGACGGCGUUCUACCGCCACGUCCUGAACCGUGAGGACGUCAGCAACUCCCUCAUCAUGAUCCAGCCCACACUGGACUCGUACACGUUCGACGAGCAGCCCCGACCCGUGCUCCUGGACUCCACCUCCAUCCAGCCCAACACGAUCCUGCUGCUGGACACGUUCUUCCACAUCCUGAUCUUCCACGGCGAGACGAUCGCCGAGUGGAAGAAGAUCGGCUACCAGGAGCAGGAGGGAUACGAGAACUUCAAGGAGCUGCUCGAGCUGCCCAAGGAGGACGCGAAGGAACUGAUUUCCGACCGCUUCCCGUUGCCGCGAUUCAUUGUCUGCGAUGCGGGGGGCUCCCAGGCCCGCUUCUUGCUGUCGAAGCUUAAUCCUAGCACUACCCAUACUAGCGGUGGCAUCGGUGGCGUGUCCCAGAACGCUCAGACUAUCUUUACCGAUGAUGUUUCGCUCCAGACGUUCAUGGAGCACCUCAUGAAGCUUGCGGUUACGGGGACGAAUUAGUGGGAAGGGGAGAGACGUAAUGGACAGGUGAUUGCUGCGGCUAGGGUGUGCUAGAUGUGUUGUAAAAUCUUUUUUUUUACGGUUUCUUGUUUUUUAUUCUUCUUCUUGACGCCGUGAUUUAUUGCUGGAAAGGUCAGCAGAGGUGAUGGAUCGAUGGAUGCGUGUUGUUUUUACUUUAGCGUUUGCAAAAUACAUUGUUCUCCGUGGGCACUGGUCAUGGCUGUUGAUUCUUGAUUCUUGAGAGGUUCUGAGCGCACGUCGUGUCACUCGGGUUUGAUGAUUUGAGGAUUGUUUGAUCGUCCUCAUGGCUUCCAU